UGAUGUCAUACUUUGUAGUUACUAGGUAGUUAUCUAUCUGGAAGUUUAAUAUAACCCCCUUGGCUUACCAAUCUACAACCAAAAACUAGUCUACUUAUACUGCAGCAGAGAUCACGCAAGUCCCCCCAGCAGACUUCUCCAUAGUGUCGCAACUCCGCACGAUAGCCUUGUCUUGAUUCCUCUGACCUCGCCAUAACAGCACCAUCCAGCAGCACAGUCCACCAUGUCAACCUCCUCCACCUCCACUACCAACCGCUCCCCGGACCCCAUCGUCGUCUCCGGAAGCUGCUACUGUCAACGAACCACCUACGCCACAACCGCCCCCUUACACGGGCUAACAUACUGCUACUGCCGCAUGUGCCGCCUCCUGCACGGCGCUCCCUUCGCAGCAUUCACGAACGUGGAGUCGUCUCAUUUCCACUGGACCAGGAGCGACCGUCUGGUCGAGAUCAAUCUGAGCCAGUAUGCCACUCGCACGAUCUGUGGUGACUGCCGCAGUCCCAUGACGAUGGUCUACCAUGUGAAAUCACACGAGGUGGGCAUUGUGGCUGUUACGGUUGAUGAGAAGAACUCUAAGGGCAAGGUGCCGGAGACGGUUGGGGAGCAUAUCUUUUUGGAAUCUAAGCCUGUUUGGUUUGUUAUCCCGGAGGAUGGCGGGGAGCGGAGCAUGGGGAUUCUGGAAAGGAUGAGGGGGGUGGUACCGGAAGGGUUAUAGGCAUUUUGGUCGAUC